AUGAGCAAGUUCACCAACAAGCCGAAAUCCGCCGCUCCAGUUGCCCGCGUCGCAAAGCCAGCGCCCGGCAAGGCUGCUCCCUCGAUGCGCCCCGCCGCUGCUGCGUCUGCUGCCGGUGGUGUUGCCAAGCGUGACGCGCGCCCUGCGAAUGGCGGAGUGGGUGCACGCGGCGGCGUUGCGAGCCAGAGCACCGCUGCUCCACGUGGAAGCAAGCGACCAGCCUCGGACGACGACGACGACGAGGACGACGACGAUGAAGACAUGGAAGACGAUGAAAACAUUGACGAUGAAGACAUUGACGAUGAAGAAGCCUUCGAAGACGGCGACGAGGAACUGGACGACGACGACGACGAAGCUCAAGCUGAGGACGAUGACGAGGCUGCCACUCGCGUCAUCACCGCACCUGCAGGGGAAGAGCAGGCAGAGGAAGCCCCAACGACAUUCCAGGCACUUGGUAUUGUGCCAUCGUUGGUGGAGGCGUGCUCCCGAAUGGGAUUCAAAGCUCCGACACCAAUUCAGCGACAGUCCAUUCCGGUUGCCCUCACUGGCCGCGAUAUUAUCGGCCUGGCCGAGACCGGCUCGGGCAAAACUGCCUCAUUCGCCCUUCCCGUCCUGCAGAAGCUGCUGGAGAAGCCACAGCCUCUGUUUGCGCUGAUUUUGACACCGACACGUGAGCUCGCAUACCAGAUUUCAGAGCAAUUUGAAGCGUUGGGCUCGACGAUCGGCGUCAAGUGCUGCGUUAUUGUUGGUGGCAUGGACAUGACCACCCAAGCCAUUGCCCUGUCCAAGAAGCCGCACAUUCUCAUCGCUACCCCUGGUCGCAUUGUGGACCACUUGGAAAACACCAAAGGCUUUUCUCUGCGCAACCUCAAGUUUUUGAUCAUGGAUGAAGCUGAUCGCAUUCUCAACAUGGAUUUCGAAGAAGAAGUCGACAAAAUCCUGAAGGCCAUUCCGAAGGAGCGAAACACCUACCUCUACUCGGCAACGAUGACCAGCAAGGUUGCCAAAUUGCAGCGUGCCUCUUUGCGCAAUCCUGUCAAGAUCGAAGUGGCCACCAAAUAUCAAACGGUCGGCACAUUGGUUCAGCAGUACCUCUUCAUUCCAGCGCGCUUCAAGGACUGCUAUUUGACGUACGCUCUCAACCAACUUGCCGGCAACUCGACCAUCAUUUUCACCAUGACGUGCGCAAAUGCGCAGCGAGUGGCGCUCAUGUUGCGCAACCUCGGCUUCCCCGCCAUUCCACUGCACGGCCAGCUUACUCAGCCCAAGCGUCUCGGUGCGCUGAACAAGUUCAAGGAGCAGUCUCGCUCCAUUUUGGUGGCCACCGACGUUGCGAGCCGUGGUCUCGAUAUCCCGCACGUUGAUUUGGUCAUCAACUACGACAUUCCCACCCACUCCAAGGAUUAUAUUCACCGCGUUGGUCGAACGGCCCGUGCAGGCCGGUCUGGCAGGAGCAUCACAAUGGUUACUCAGUACGACGUUGAGCUUUUCCAGCGCAUCGAACAGCUGAUCAACAAGAAGAUGGAGUUGUACGAAAGCGAAGAAGAGCAAGUGUUGAUGUUGUUGGAGCGCACAAGCGAAGCUCAGCGGAUGGCCAUCACUCAAAUGCGAGAUGAGAACGAUCCACGAAAUGGCAAACGACGCGGACACGACCGAGACGACGACACGGAAGAGCGACAACACAAUAUUGGCAAGCACCUGCACAAGAAGCCGCGCUCGGAGGGCGGCGGCCGCGGCGGAGGUCGUGGUGGUUCGCGCGGAGGUCGUGGCGGCAACGGUGGUCGUGGCUAUCGUUAA